AUGCAGAUUGCUAUAAGUACAAAUCAGAAUCAGAAACUGAGCGUAGGGGCAGAAUCAGAAUGCACAAUCUACAGAGUUCAUAAACAUUUACGGAACGUGAACCCCAAUGCUUACGAGCCCGAGGUGAUCGCUAUUGGCCCUUAUCACCGCAACACGGAUCAUCUAAAAAUGAUGGAAGAUUACAAGCUACGUUACCUCCAGCAGCUCAUCAUAAGGAAACCUUCCAACAAUGUGGAAAGCUACGCAGCAUGUGUGGGCAGAUUGGAAGCCGAAGCAAGAAAAUGUUACGCAGAUGAGCCUACAAGCCUGAGCCCAAGCGAGUUCAUACAAAUGCUUGUACUAGAUGGAUGCUUCAUCGUUGAGUUAUUACGGAAGUACGGCAUGGUGUUCCUGAGGGAGAAGAAUGAUCCCAUCUUCCAAAUGGUCUGGAUGAUCAUUAGCCUGCAGCGCGAUUUAAUGCUCUUCGAGAAUCAACUCCCAUUCUUCGUCUUGUGCGAGCUGUUCGACCUAAUUGAGGCUCCCGGCCAGCAUAGUAGGUUGCGGGACCUUCUCGUGCAAUUCUUCCACGGUCUGUAUCCUGGGGGAGGCUACAGAGGAGAAGCGAGCGUAGCUCCUCGUGAGGUGAAGCAUUUGCUUCACUUCAUUCAUCGUAGUUGGCUUCCCCGAUGCACGGGCACGGGUGGGAGGAAGCAGCAGGAUAAGAGGUUGCAGUUCAUCAACAGCGCAGCGAGGCUUAAAGAGGCUAAUGUCAGUGUAGAGUGGUGUGACCUCAUUUGUGUAUUCUUCAUAAGUCAAAGGACUAGCAGGAAAUUAAGUUCUGUUUUGGGGGCUUAUUUGUAA